AUUUCCAAAUACAGACUUCUCAUCUCCUCUUUUGCUGCAGGGUGUCUACUACCUGGUUGAAAAUGGACUUCUUGAAUGGCGAUCAGACUCGGUGGCAGAGUUUCUCUACAAAGAAGAAGGACUGAAUAAAACCGCCAUCGGCAACUUUCUAGGAGAAAGGGAAGAAAUGCAUCUGGAGAUACUGAAAGCUUUUGUGGGUCUACACGAGUUCUCAGAUCUGAAUUUGGUGCAGGCGCUGAGACAGUUUCUGUGGAGCUUUCGUCUCCCGGGAGAAGCUCAAAAGAUUGACAGGAUGAUGGAGGCGUUUGCAACUCGCUACUGUGACUGUAACCCAGGGGUCUUCCAAUCCACAGACACCUGCUACAUCCUGUCUUUUGCUAUCAUCAUGCUCAACACGAGUCUCCACAACCCCAACGUGAAAGACAAACCCAGUCUGCAGCGAUUUGUCUCCAUGAACAGAGCCAUAAACAACGGGGAGGACCUGCCCACCGAGCUGCUCACGGUCAGCUGCUUUCUUUUUAUUCCGCAUCUUCAGGUGGUACAAAAACAAAAGAGCAAAAUGGCGACAACAUGAUAAAGCUGGAAUGUCAGGUGACUGUGGAGGAGAGACGUUCUUGCAAAACGACAAUAAAGAAACACAUAAGAACACGAGGAUACCCAACGGGGCUGCAAAAAGACACACAAUG